AUGAUUCAAAAAGAGGGAUUCUAAAAAUUUCAAAAGUUUUGUGAAUUCCUCUAUCUAACCAUCAGAAAACCAGGAGAUAUCAUCCUAAGAAAAGGAGACUUGGGCUAAAAGUUUUAUUUGAUUCUCAAGGGAACUGUUUCACUCAUCUAUUACAACCCCAAGAAUAAAAAGGCAUUGAGACUCCUCCAAGACGAAAAAGUAAGACCUUAUAAUCAACAAUAGGAUUGCACUCCUAAUUACGAAGACUCAACUUUAUUUUAAAGUUACGUAUUCAAAGAACUCCAUGUGGGUGAUCACUUUGGAGAUCUCGCUCUGAUUGACGAAGGAAUGGUGUCAUCAACUAUUAUUUGUAAGACUGAUUGCGAAUUUGCUUGUAUGGACAAAUAGCAUUUUUGGAAAUUUGUUGGGAAACACAUUUCUUUGCUUGACAAAAUAAAAUUGCUUAAACAAUGCUCUCUCUUUGAAGUUUGGACAGACAGUGAACUCAGGGCUUUAAGUUUUGAAUUUCACUUUAAAACAUUUCAUCAUAAUCAAAUCAUAUUUUCAUAAGGAUCUGAGAAUGUUUCAAUUUAUGUGGUUUCAUCUGGAUUUGCUGAAUUAAUGAUGAUUAAAAAUGGGCAACAGUAUCUGAUAUCUAGAAUUGAUUAUGGCUAAGCAUUUGGAGAUGAUUUGCAAAUUAAUUAAAGCACAGUAAAAUGUGGAUCUCCCAAAUUGGAGGUUUAUGCUAUUUAAAAAUGUAGUCAAUUAUUUAAUUGUAGAAAUUAUUUAUAGAUUCUUGGAGCAAAGAAUAGAACUUAAACAUUUCUAUGAAGAAUAAUCAAUUUAAAAACGGAUUUGGAGAACCAAAAGAUUGGAAUAAUUAAUAAAAAUGGAAUAGCUUAGACAAUAAAAGGAAUUAAAUUCAAAAAAGUCCAAUUGCGCUCAAAAUGAUACUUAAUAAUUACUUAAUACGAUCAAAGAAUCUAAAACUGUCUCUGUUUAAACUAGUUCUAUCAGAAGGAUAUCGAAUUAUGUAGACAACUUAGAUUUUGAGUAGAAAUAACAAUAGAACAGACAAAUAUUAAUCAAAUUCAAUAAAAUCUCCCCUAAUCAAAGUGUGGAAUAUUUGGAAAUAAAUUAAUAAAGGAAAUCAAGCCAAAAAAAAAAGAAGGAAUAACAAGAGUAGAAUUAGAUUAUGUCCUCAGUAUCCAAAUUGUUAUAAGAGUAUCGAUCCAUUGUUCAUUCUUCCAAACUCCAAAAGAUUAAAUCUUCCAGGAGUUUAAGUCAAAAUUAAUAGGUGUCUUCUUUGUACUCUCCUAAAUCAAGUAAUGCCACUACGGGAAUUAAUUUCUUUAUUACUCCUAGAAGAAGACAAUUUUUAAUAUAAGGUAUACCAUUAUAAAAAUGA